CGCGGCGCCGCUCGGGUCCCCGCGGCCGAACCAGGUGCGCGCGGACGUCGGCCCUCCCCGGGGGCUCUCACCCCGCCCGACUCCCGAGCGGCCGCCGGAGCAAGCUUUCGAAGUCCCUCCAGUCUCUGUGCCUUGGCCCACCGGAAUACUGACAGCUCCUGUUCUAAGAAGUUUUUCUGCAGGACCCCGUCUGCCAGCAGCUCUGACAUACAGCAGCCAUGCCGCGCAGCCCGACUUCCAGUGAGGACGAGAUGGCCCAGAGCUUCUCUGACUACUCCGUGGGGUCAGAGUCCGACAGCUCUAAAGAGGAAACCAUCUAUGACACCAUCCGGGCCACAGCGGAGAAGCCCAGUGUCGCCAGGACGGAGGAGGGCCAGGGCAACACGCUCGUGAUCCGCAUCCUCAUCCAGGACCUGCAGCAGACGAAGUGCAUCCGGUUUAACCCGGAUGCCACCGUGUGGGUUGCGAAGCAGCGGAUCCUGUGCUCCUUGACCCAGAGCCUGAAGGACGUCCUGAACUACGGGCUGUUCCAGCCGGCCAGCAACGGGCGCGAUGGCAAGUUCCUGGACGAGGAGCGGCUUCUGCGCGAGUACCCGCAGCCCGUGGGCAAGGGCGUCCCCUCCCUGGAGUUUCGAUACAAGAAGCGUGUGUAUAAGCCAUCCGUUCUGGACGAGAAGCAGUUGGCCAAGCUGCACACAAAGACCAAUCUGAAAAAAUUCAUGGACCACGUUCAGCACCGUUCGGUGGAGAAGAUGGUCAAAAUGCUGGAACGAGGCCUGGAUCCAAAUUUCCAUGACCUGGAUACUGGAGAGACCCCGCUGACCCUAGCUGCUCAGCUGGACGACCCCGCGGAGGUGAUCAAAGCUCUCAGAAACGGCGGGGCUCACCUGGACUUCCGCGCCAGAGAUGGGAUGACGGCCCUGCACAAAGCUGCCCGAGCCAGGAACCAAGUAGCCCUGAAGACUCUUCUGGAGCUGGGAGCAUCCCCUGAUUACAAAGACAGCUACGGCCUCACCCCGCUGUACCACACCGCGAUCGUCGGGGGGGACCCCUACUGCUGCGAGCUCCUGCUCCAUGAACACGCCGCCGUGUGCUGCAGGGACGAGAACGGCUGGCACGAGAUCCACCAGGCCUGCAGGUACGGCCACGUGCAGCACCUGGAACACCUGCUCUUCUAUGGGGCGGACAUGGCGGCCCAGAACGCCUCGGGGAACACGGCCCUGCACAUCUGCGCCCUCUACAACCAGGACAGCUGUGCCAGAGUACUGCUCUUCCGGGGCGGGGACAAGGAGAAGAAGAACUACAACAGCCAGACCCCGUUCCAGGUGGCGAUCAUCGCGGGCAACUUCGAACUGGCGGAGUACAUCAAGAACCAUAAGGAGACGGACAUCGUGCCCUUCCGAGAGGCCCCGGCGUACUCCAACCGCCGGCGGCGGCCCCCCAACACGCUGGCCGCCCCCCGGGUCCUGCUGCGCUCCAACAGUGACAACAACCUCAACGCCAGCACUCCCGACUGGGCCGUCUGCUCCGCCACCUCCCACCGCAGUCUCUCACCCCAGCUGCUGCAGCAGACGCCCGGCAAGCCCGAGGGGGCCGCCAGGACCCUUGGGAGCUACGCCCCCGGGCCCCGCAGCCGGUCCCCGUCGCUCAACAGGCUGGGCGGUGCCGGCGAGGAUGGCAAGAGGCCCCAGCAGUCCUGGCACGUCGGGCCGGCUUUCCCGCCUGGCGCCAAGGACGCGCUGUCCGCCUUCGAGUACCCGGAGCCCAAGCGGAAGCUGUACAGCGCAGUGCCCGGGAGGCUGUUCGUCGUCGUCAAGCCAUACCACCCCCAGGUCGACGGCGAGAUCCCCCUUCACCGUGGCGACAGGGUCAAAGUUCUGAGCAUCGGAGAAGGAGGCUUCUGGGAAGGCAGCGCCCGCGGCCACAUCGGGUGGUUCCCAGCCGAGUGCGUGGAGGAGGUGCAGUGCAGGCCCAAGGACAGCCAGGCAGUUCUGAGCAUCGGAGAAGGAGGCUUCUGGGAAGGCAGCGCCCGCGGCCACAUCGGGUGGUUCCCAGCCGAGUGCGUGGAGGAGGUGCAGUGCAGGCCCAAGGACAGCCAGGCAGAGUGUCUUGGGGACCCCUCGACACUACAGCCGCGGUCCCUGCUCCGUUCCUUCCUCGGCACCGGCACCGAGCCCCUGCCGAUCCACCCAUCCCACGCUUUGAGGAUCGUCUCCCUGAGCCCCCUGUGGACGUCGUUGGCUGCAGCCCCCUACGUGGGCACCGGGCAGAUGUGCUGA